AUGUAUCUCUUUCUGCUUCUUCAGGCGUUCGUUCGCUUUGCACAUGGGGGCCUCGACUGCCGACCUGAGGGUCCGGCGGUACCGCGUCCGCUCAACCUGGCCAACUCCAACACUUUCCAACUCGCCCUGUCGUCGUUCGAAGAGCAACUAGAACAGGCCUUGUCGGCUAAGACAAAUGCAGGCUGGGUUGUCGAAAACACAUCCUUCUCCCUGGCCGUUGUGUCCACUGACCAAGGUCCUCCUUCAAUACCUCUGUGGGAGUUUCACCACCUAGCCAGCAACAGCGUCGAUGGGACGAAAGACGUCAAUGGGAAUUCCCAGUACCUUAUUGGUUCAGUCUCCAAGGUCUUUUCGACACUUGUGCUGCUCAAGAGCGGCCUAAAUCUUGAUAGUCCCAUCACUGACUACAUCCCGGAACUCAAUGACACGUCCUCGUCCAUUCCGUGGGCUAAUGUGUCACUUCGCGCAUUGGGCUCGCAUCUUUCGGGCGCUCCGUCUAAUUACGGAUUCUCUGAGUACUACUAUCUCAAGGAGUACUUUGAGUCACUUGGCUUUCCCACUAUCAACGAAAGCGCAUUUGGCCCCUGUGGUGUGACUGGGUUGAACGAAGCUUGCACUAAAGCCCAGCUCCUCGAAGGCAUGCUCCGUUCGUACCCGACUGCUGCGGUUAUGGAACGUCCUGCCUACUCGAAUGUUGCUUUCACCAUCUUUAUCAUGGCUGUAGAGCAAGCAACAGGAAUGAGCUAUUCGGAACUUCUAAAAACUCUAGUUUCCGGACCCCUAAGACUCACAAACACUCACGUCAGCCCUGGAGUAUCGUCCAGAGCGGUGAUCCCUCCGGUGGACAACGGCUGGGGCAGCGACUAUGGUAUCAAUGCGCCGGGUGGUGGUCUCGUUUCGUCGUUAUCGGAUCUCUCGGCUCUAGCCCAUGGUAUUCUUUCUAGGAAGGUUCUCUCGCCGGCCAAGACGCGAGAAUGGCUCAAACCACACGCUUUCGCCGGGUCCCCUCACUCAUUCGUAGGGCUUCCCUGGGAGAUCUUUCGACCUCCAAAUCUCGUCCCCGAAAAUCCUCAUCCCGUGGCCAUAUAUGCCAAGUCUGGUGGCGCGUACGGGUAUCGCAGUCAACUGGCCAUCCUCGACGAGUACGGCGUUGCCGUAGUUAUUCUCACUGCAGGUGAUAUGGCUGCGGUCCCACACAUCUAUGACGCCAUGCUUGCUACGACUGUACCAGCCGUCGAUGCUGUUGCGAGAGAGCAAGCAGGCGAUCUCAGCGGUACUUUCGUCAACAGCCCCUCACACAGCUGCAUCAAUGCAACAAUCACCCAAGACAACAAUUCACUCAUUCUCUCGUCGUUGGCCCACAAUCAGUCUGACAUUCUAUCUGCACUGACCGAGAUUUGGGCGGUGACAGUCGGCUCUCAACUAACCCCCAUCGAAUCCACAUUCAGAAUCUUCCCAACCGAUGACAUUUCCACAUCCAUAGUGGAUGGGAGAAACGUGACGAGAGAGGCAUGGCGAAUCUGGUUCGAACCGAGGUACAGUACCGGCUCCGAUCUUCCGGGCAGCGGAGUUGGUUCGCAGGACUGCAUGUCAUGGACCCUCAAUGACUGGAUCUACUAUGGUUCCGAACCUGUGGAUCGAUUUGUGUUUGUACGAGAUGCAGAAACAAAGGAAGUGGUGGGUCUCGAAUUUCCUUUCCUACGAUCUGACCUCUUGGGUAGAGUCGGGAAUAGGGAUCCUGUUGAUUCAAUCGGGUGUCCUUGA